AUGGCGGUUGAGCCGACGACGAAAGCAAAUGUUGGAGCAGCGAUAAUGUUAACGUCUGGCGCCAGCGGACCCGUUAACGCCCUGUUGUCGCUGCGAGCGCUGAAGAGUUUGGCAAUGCUGAUCCAUGCGUUUGUGUUGCUUUUGCUAUUGCCAUUUCGAGGCCGAAAGCGUUGCAUGACAACGUCUCCGUCAAUGAUGUCAUCGUCUUUGUCGUCCGGGUGUUCGGACAAAGGUCACAAUAAGGAGGAGAAAUUACACGACAAGAAGGGUAAGACGGUGGCGAGGGUGCCGGCGAGGAUUGUGCCGUUGGAAGAGCAGCAGUGCGGUGGUCGUGGAUCAGGAGGUGGCCGCCAGGAGAGCGCUUGCCAUUCGGAGGGUGGUGCAGGAUGA